UUCUGCUUUGUUAUGAGCCUAACACACAAGCGCUGUCUACCCAGAUAGAAAACCAUAUUACUCAAUAAAGGAUUGCCCCAGAGCACUUUUUAAAGCUGCAACUGCCUAAAUAGAGUGUGAGAAACAAUAAACGAGCGAAAAUUUGUCGGCGAUUCUGAACAGUUGAUUCCACGCCAGUUUCGUUGACGAGUGUUCAGCUGUCUUAUUGGGGAGACACGCGAAGGAGACAAUGAAUUCCACGAUUAAUUUUGACGAAUACCCCAUUGUAAUGCCAUUGGUCGUUAGCUUGGCUGUCUGUUUGCAAAUUUUGGUGCCGUGUUACUUCGGGUGCUGUACAGGCUUCGUCAAUUUCAUCAGAUUGGACCCCUUCGAGAGACCGCUGGACUACCAUGAGCGGCGAAGAAAAGAGGAGAGGAAACAGUUUGCCAAGGAACAAGAGAAACGACUGCAGAAAGCUGCCUCUGCGAAAAAUCAGGAGGACCUCGAUAGAGCCGUACAAGAAUAUCAACAAGCCGUUCUUGCUUAUGAAAAGAAAAUUGUAAGGCAAGAAAUAGAGGAGGUUCGUAACACCUGCCCAUGUGCAAGACUUGUUUCUAUGUGCAUGUCUCUCUCUUUCUACCUGUGGCUUAUUUUCGUUGUUGGUUGUGAAAUGACUCAUUGCACCACUUACGGUUCAGUGUUUAACAUCAUGAAAAUAUUUGCCUCGGUGAUGCUUGGCGUCUGUGCCGUAAUCGUCCUGCUAGAGAGCUUUUAUUCGGAAGAGCUGCAGUAUCUUAAAAACAUCGUAGAAGAUGAGACAGCUUUGGAGUACAUCCAACGCCUGCGAGAAGUCCCACCGAGGCUUGACAAUGUUGUGGAGUGUUUUCAUUUCGAAGAGCGCAACAGAACAGCCCACUGCAAGGACCCUAAAGGAAGCCGAAAAGCUCAUGCGGAGACCUAUACUGUGAAGGUAGUGACACAACUGGCCAGCGAGGAGUUCAUAUUCAAGUCAUGGGUGGACGUUUCCAAGAGAAAUAUGCCAUCCCUGAAGGGCGUGGAUUUGGUUCGCAUCAAGUGCUACCCGAGAGUCGUAUUCGGUGACCAGGAAACACACGAGGCUUCUACGAGACAGUUGAAAGAAAUGUCAGAGAGGAUGAGGGUAUCUGACGAUUAUAUCUCCCCCUGGAAAUAUGAAGAUUGGGCAAUACUCGAUUUGACCAGGGGAAAGCGCAUCUCUGCAUAUACAGAUAUGAAUGUGAAGCCAUUUUGGAUGAAUCCUCUAUUCUACUGGAUUGCCACGUUGCUGCAAAUGAACUGGCCUUACCGCUUGCUGUUUAGAGCGAGAACAGCUGAGAUAAAUCUGUUCUUGAAUAAAAAGGUGUACAAGAGUAUAACACGACCAAGAGAGAUAGAAUUAAUGGAACCCAUGGACGACCUUCUAAAAAAUAAAUCAUUCGACGUGAGCUUAAAUGGUUCAGACGUCACUGCAGCUCCCCCAACGUUGGAGGUAGAUAAUCCAGCAACAGAAAGCCCUGCUAACAAUCCGGGAACCGAUAUUCCCGAACAAAGCAGUGCAAAGUCACACUCUGACCCAAUUUUACAUGAAGAACCGCAUCCAAAUGUUCUUUUAUCGUCUCGCGAGGAUGCACCAUGUGAUCACAGGUCUCUUCUGGUAAAAAACGUGCGACUCCCUGUCAUAGCAGAUAAAUGGUUUACAUUUCAAGAUAAUAGCUCUCUUUUAAAAGAAAUUCUGACGAAUGAGAUGAGGCUGACGGGAGAGGACGAGUACCCCAUCAGUCCUUGUGUGCAGCAUGAACGAUGGAAGGUUGGAACAUCAACAGACUAGGUCUGCAUAGUCUCCUCUAUGAUAUGAAUGUUUAUCAAAGAAGACUUAAAAGGUUCCCGAGUGGUAUAGUUGCAGGAGAGCUUUGUUUCAUAUCUUGUGCCCAAACUUCUAACACUGAUUAAUUAUUUUUUAGUUUUUUAAAUUUAGACUAGUGAGCAGCACUUCUGCGAACAGUGGUUG